UACAAACUGCAGCGUCUAACGUGAACACCAAAAUUCGAAAGCGAAAAUCAAGAUGGUCCUGAGCAACUCUACACCAAACAACAAGCACAGCGAGAUGGUCGUGGACACGGCGGCCAUGAACAGCGAAGAUCUCAGCGAGCUGUUGCAACUCAAUGCGGAGAUCGAGGAGCGUCGUCGUUCCAGCCAACACGGAGACGCUGGCAACGCCUGCGGCCUGCUCCGUGCCACCAUGACCCGGGAGGAGCUCUUCGAGAUCUCCUCGUUGGAUGACGACCGCUUCCUGACGGCCCUCGAACACCAAAACUCUUAUGUGACGCCUGGACGUGUUCAAGUCACUGACUUGGACCUGUCCAGCAUUGAGAAUCUAAUGAAGUAUUUCGACGAGGAGGUUCCAGUCACACCCACCAAGAGCCUGGAGGCCUCCAAGAUGGCCGCCUGCUCGGGAAAAGUGGCCAGCGCUAUUGCCAAGCUUGGCAUCCAAUCGGACCCCGUCACUCCGCCCAAGCCAAAGAUGAGUGGCAAACUGAAGAUCAGCGAACUGAAGCAGAAGUACGAGCAGCAGUCGGAGAUGCAUACCCCACGUGGCGCCUCCAAAGCACCCGGAAAGACCUCCGCGAAGUUGCCCAUGAAGGUAAAGGAAAUGGCUCAGCUGUUCAACUCGAAGAUCAACCAGGUGAUGCGCCGCACCGAAGAGCCGCAGUACGUUGAGCUCCAGAACGAGAUGUCGCCGGAGCCCAAGCCCCAGCCCCAAUCCCACCUCAGAGCGGAGUCCUCGAGUUCUGGCCCCUGCCUGGUGGCCGAGGAGGUGUUCCGUGAGCUGAGCGUGAAGGACAAGGCACUGUUGUUCAACAAAUUUGUCGGCGACAUGGCGGCCAAGCAUCCCAAGUUUAACGCCCAUGCUGCGGGUCUCAAGGAGAAGGUGAAGAAGCAGAUGGCCCGUGGCGAGGUAGUAGCGGAGCAGCAGGCCAGUGUGAAGCACCUGGCUCAGGAACUGGAGGCCAAGUGUGUACUGGAACAGGGUUCGCCACCGCGACCCGGAGGACUCUCACCAUCCAAGCCGGCUGAGAACAAGCCGGAGACACCCAUCUCUCAGCUUCAUGUGAGUACGCUGACGGUGAUCCUCAAGCCUAGUCCGGAAGGCAGGGUGCCGCGUACUCUAAGCCGUCGGUGUCUGGAACCUCAGAGCGACAGCCAUGCCCGAGAAACAUCCCAGAAACGCAAUCUAGACGCUAUUCGCCGGUCCCUGCCCACAGAAGCCUAUGCCCCGCCGAAAAAGAUCCGGCGCACUCGUCAGGAGCGCAGUGGAUGCGAGAGCCAAAUGUUUUUUCAAAACGAGCAGCUGGAAACCCUUUUCUACAGCUGGCUCAGCACGGAGAACGGCGUGCAGUUCGAUAUCACUAGUGUGUCGAAUAGCCAGCAGACCAUUGAGAUAGCUUCUGGGGAAGAUGAUCUCUUGGAGCAGCCGAUGCCCGAGACGAGCGCAGCUUCCAUGGGCGAUAGCACCCAGAAGACCGCCGUGGAGCAGCUACUGGAGGAGGCCAUAGCCAAAUUAGAGCUGGAGCACAAGGCCAAGGAGGACGACCACGUAGAGGAGAAGGAGGUGGAUACGUCCCAGGCUCCGACAGUCAAGUCUACUCCGCGCCGUGUGAAGCGUCAGGCUCCGCCAGUGCCUGCUCCUCGACCCAGCCUGAGCCAAACCCAAUCCAGUGCCUCCAGUUGCAAGCAAUCCGAAGCUGAAGAGAGCGAAUCCGGGUUGUCAACACUUCCAAAGAUAACCACCGAUGAAUCUCAGCCGGAAACUCCAAGGGAAGGCCAAGAGCAAACUCAUUUCGAUUUCGCCAAGCCACAGCGUCCCCCUCGCAAGAAGAAGAUGCGCCGCACCCUGACCUGGAAGAAGGAGAACUCCAUUGUGGAGGCCACAGCCAAUGCAAUCACUUCCACUGACUCUGACUCGGACUACAAGCCACCUGCCUCUGCGCCAUGCAAAAAGAAGAUGGAAGCAAUCUCCAGUAUGCCUGAACAGAGCUACAUUGAACUGGACAAGUCUCUGAUGCGCCACGUGAACUCGCCUCGAAAAAUCAAAUCAGCCUACACCCUGACCGUGAUGUCGUCUCCCUCGCCAAACGCAGACAGCGAUCAGUCACCGGCCCAUACGCCAAGGCAGUCCCUUGCCCAGCCCCUGCGGGAUAGCUUUAUUGACCAGGGCUUUGAGACGUGCUCCAAUGAUCCAAUGGACAGCAGCCCGAUGCGACGAUCCUCCUUUGGCAACAUCGGCUCGAAACCCUCCGGUUUCUCAACGCCAGUCAAGGGACGCACCGGCUCCAGUCCGGCCCAACAGCAACUGUUCAGCCCCAUUCCCAACCUGGAGAGGCCGCGACGCAGCUCCUUGGCCAUGCAGGUGAUUCGUGAGGACCAACCACUCGAUCUGGAUGGCAUUUCCACAACCCCCUCCACGCCCUGCAGUGAGCGGGAGUUCUUUGCCAAUGCGCCUACCGUUGAUAUUAACUCCUCUCAGGAUGAGAUGCCGACUGCAAAGACACAAUCGAUGUUCUGGAUCACUGCCGGUGAUUUCACCGUGUCCCUGGAGAUAUUCUACAACAGCCCCGAGCGCCUACGACUGCUGUACGAGAUAUUCACGCAGAAGAGCUGGGAGACACGGGACCUGGCCUUCGGCAUCGAUGGGCAUAAGUUCACCCGUGGUGGAGGAAGCUCAAGCCCAGCCCGACAGACAUUGCCGGACCGUCCGCCCAGCGUCCAGGGCUGCUCCCACUAUUGGUUCGCCAGCGGUGACCUGGCAGUGCCCUUCAGCGGCAAGCUGAUGACAGGCGAGAAGGUGGAGAAGCUGUUCGCAUUCCUCGACUCUGAGAAAUCUGAUCUGCGAUUCGGAGUGGAUCACAUCGAGUUUAGCAGCGUUCCGGAGUUCUGGCCAACCACCCAGAAGUACUCGAUCGAGAGCAGCUACAGCAUGCUAGUGGGCCUUCAGACUGGUGCCAGCAAUGGCCUGGAGGGGCGCAGCAAGAACUCUUGGCCCAACAACAGCGGCAACGCCAACCAGACCAUAAAGACCAGCGACCUGGACCAGACGGAGUUCGAGUCUGACAGCUUCAGCAACAACAGCGGAAGGUUAUCCUUCUCACCCGACAUGUUCUCCCUUGACUACGAGGCAGUACCCUUGGACGAACUGUUUGCCAAGUCGAGUCGAGGUGCCGCUGCUCCCACUGCUCCCGUCAUGUCCGUGCCCCAGAUGAUGCAGACGCUGAAGCAGCAGCAAAGCAAGCUCCGGAGCGUGGAGCAACGGAUCCGCAGCUACGACAAGCCAGCCAAUCUGGCGGAUGGCUCGCUGGAGCACUGCCGCAAUACGCCGGAGUAUGUCCACAAGUUGCGCUCCAUCAUUCGGGCCAUCGACAACAUUGGCCGCGACGAUGGCUUCCGAGCCUGCUCGAUGGAACAGCUCGAGAGCUUCAUGUACUUCCUCAGCGAGUAUGCGGACAUUUGCUUGGCCAACUGCAGUGAGCACAUGGACAAGAUACUUGACACUCUCCUGGAUCGUCGGGCCGUUGAGGUCUGA